AUGGAGAAGACACAUUUUCUCGUGUUCGUUUUGGCAAUGAGCUUCAUUGUGAUGGACCCUUUUAAGUGGGGCCCACUGGGAGGACGAGACUUUAGGCCGGUGAGAAACGACAUAGCGCCUUACGAUGAAGUGAUGGGGGGUUGGCCUUGGGACAACCGAAGCAGGUUGGGAUUUGGGAAUUUGGAGUUCAAGGAUGAUAUUUUCGGGCCCGAGUCCCUAGAGUUCGACAGAUUGGGCCGUGGCCCGUAUGCCGGGCUAGCUGAUGGACGUGUGGUGAGGUCUGAGAAGGAAUGUGCACAAGCCAAGGACUCGACGACAAAGAAGCAGUGGAAAGUGGAGCCGAAAUGCGGGCGGCCUCUCGGCCUAAGGUUCGACAAAAGGAGUGGUGAGCUGUACAUUGCUGAUGCUUACUAUGGGCUCCUUGUGGUGGGGCCCGAUGGCGGUCUCGCGACCCAAGUGGCAACACAAGCCGGUGGGGAACCCAUUCUUUUCGCAAACGAUCUCGACAUUCAUGACAAUGGAUCCAUCUUCUUUACCGACACUAGCAACCGAUACAAUAGAGUGGACCAUUUUUUCAUAUUGUUGGAAGGGGAAGCAACUGGACGACUACUCAGAUACGAUCCUCAGACGAGAACGACACAUGUUAUCUUAAAAGGACUGGCGUUUCCUAAUGGAGUUCAGUUGUCCCAGGACCAAUCUUACCUCCUAUAUACAGAGACUACCAAUUGCAGGAUUAUGAAACACAUGCUGAUGGGGCCAAAAGCGGGCAGUACAGAGGUUGUGGCAAACCUUCCGGGAUUUCCAGACAACAUUCGGAUAACCGAGACUGGCGACUUUUGGGUGGCGAUCGACUGCUGCAGGACAGCUGUCCAAGAGGUUUUUGUCCGAAAUCCGUGGCUGAGGAGCCUCUACUUUCGGGUGCCUCUUCCAAUGAAGUAUUUGGCGAGGGUGGCUGGGAUGAGAAUGUACACCAUGAUAUCACUCAUCAAUGGUGAGGGAGAGAUUUUAGAUGUUCUUGAUGAUGAGAAAGGGGUUGUUAUGAAGUUGGUUAGUGAGGUUAGGGAGGUUAAUGGCAAGCUGUGGAUUGGGACUGUGGCACAUAAUCACAUUGCCACACUACAAUAUCCUCCACAUGCUCAUUGAUAUAUGUUGAAGUAUAUCAACAACCUCGAUCUAGUAUUUUGUGUUGCCUGGUGUUUCAUGCCUGCACUAAUAUUGGGUGUUUUUUUCGUGUUCUUUGUGGCGCAAGUUUUAUUUUAUGAAUGUAACUUGAAUGGGGAAAACGAGGGAGUGAUGUACCGUUUUUAUUUCAUUUGGGCCUCAUUUACUUGGGUGGAUGGGAUUGGACACAUUAAUCCCAUUUACCUUUACACAUCAGCACAAAAUCAAGUUUACAAAAUCCCUGUCACCCAUUUACUUGGGUGUAGUAAAA